AUGGAGUUACGAAUACAGUGUCGGCUGAUAUUGGCCCUCGUCGUCCAUGCGUUGGUACAGCGCUCAUCCGCCACCGUGACGUUUCCCUCGAUUCAAGCCAUCGUUGGCUUCUCGUCCUCAUGUACGCUUGCGUACGACACCCCCGUGAACGAUUGCGAUAUCAACGACUUUCAAGGCAUCGGAGGAACAGGCUCCUGCUCGAGUGACUGCCAGUCAAGUCUGCAGGCAUCACAGAGGUUUGUGCAACGGUUUUGUUCCGGGGAACAAGCGGAUGGAAGCUCGUUGAUCGGACAACUCUUCGUCGGGAACGUUGUGAACUUCUUGUGUGGGGACAAUAAUAGCGGCGGUGCGACAACGGCAACGACAGCGCAAGGCACGACCCCAGCGACGCAGACUUCCACUUCUGCAGACACAUCCACAAGCAUGGCAACUGACACCGCGACACCGGGAACUAGCACCGCCGGAACAUCCUCACUAGCAUCGACACUCACAACUUCUGUGAGCCAAACUGGAUCUGCGAGCAAGACCACAAGUACUACUAAAAAUUCCGAGGGCACCAAACAGUCGUCCUCGACGUCAACUUCGAUCCAAACCUCCAUUGAAUCCGCGACUUCCACUCUCACGUCCAGUCAGAGCUCGAGCACGUCGUCGGCAGCUUCAUCAAGCAAGACGGCAACCUCGGAGGGGUCGGAGGGAAGCAGCGGCGGGGGCAGUCCCUUCGAUGGGUCGUUCUCUUCCGCGGCUUCGUCCAACACGCUACCAUUGCCGAAGGUGGUAUUGAUCUUUGCAGCUUCGGCUCUGCUUCUCUUGGCAGUGUCGUGA